GGAGACAUUUAUUAAUUGUAGUACUAGGUUGGAACUGAGUGACUGAGCUGGAAGGGAGGUAACUCUGUCCACUCGCUCAUCCUCCAAGCUAUCUCAUCGUUCAUGGCGCUCCUCGUCCCUGCAGCUGCUGGGUGCGCACGACUGAGCGUGUCACUCCCGGCGCACGUUAGAGGUCACCGCCCUCUGGUCACCAGAUUCACUACUCUCGCCACCCUAUCACCUGCAACUCGUGGAGGCGAGGCGGUGGAUUGGGCGGAGGCAACAUCGAGCUUCUUCCAAGGAGACUCUAGACCCAUCAUGUUAUUCGACGGUGUAUGCAACUUGUGUAAUGGAGGUGUGAAGUUCGUUCGUGAUAAUGAUCGAAAUAGAAGCAUAAGGUUUGAAGCUCUACAGAGUGAAGCGGGCAUGAAACUACUAAGGAGAAGUGGAAGAGCUCCUGAUGAUAUUUCAAGUGUUGUACUUGUUGAAAAGGAAAGGUCAUAUAUUAAGUCCGAAGCUGUACUAAAGAUCAUGGAAUACAUAAACUUACCCUUCCCCCAGCUGGCAUUCUUUCUUCAGUUUGUACCACUUUUUAUACGUGAUUUUGUAUAUGACAAUGUUGCAAAUAAUCGUUACACAAUUUUUGGUCGCUCGGAGUCAUGUGAGAUAUAGUACACCCAACACAGUGCUCUUUUGACGUUUAUGUAUGGGAAACUUCAGAGCCGAGAAGUUUUGAUGUUGUAUUGUUGUAAGUAGAAAUAUGUACAAAAAUAAUUGUAGUUGGUAUAUACAAAUCAUUCCCUAAAGUUGAAACUUGAAACAGAGUUUAAAUUAUAAGAAUGAAUAUAUUAAUUAGAUACAAUAUAAAAGGGUGAUAUAAUGGAAGGAAAUUAGCUACAAAGAAAUACAAUAAUAUGGAAGUACCAGUUGCUAUGUUACUGUGAAGGACUUGGAUGUUGGUCGAGCGGGAGAUGUCAAUUUUAUCUGUAUUGGGACUUAUUCUAGGGGCACUAAUGUGGAGGUUGGAGGUGAUUGCACCAUUCCAUUCCAAUGAUGUAUGCAGAUGUGGUUAUUCUCACUGUUCAUAUGUGUAUAUGGAGGGCAAGGUUGUUCCAUCCACUAAAAUGGAGUGCCCGGCAUUUCAAUAACGUUUUGAUGUGUAUAUUAUUUGUGUCUAUCUAUAUACUUGGCAUCCAAGACUACAAAUAAAACGACUAAUUAGAGA